AUUUGAACUAAAUCUUCUUCGAAUGACAUCUUUUUUCUCUUUUUAAUUGACAAAAAUUAAACUGCGCCUUGUUGAGAAUAUUAAACGCCACGACGGACACCGAAGAAACAAACAAAAGUUGAAGGGCCAGACCUAGAGUGUCAAAAUUCUAACAAGAUGGUGCAUGGUUUUCAAUGUAUCGAAUGCAUUCCGGCCGGUCGAGAACCGUUUUGAUCAGCCAGAGGAUCGAUUCCUCAGUCGACGCGUGGCAACCGUGUCUGCUCCAUGUGUUUUAUCGCGACAGAUUUGUUCAACGUUCACCGUAUCGAAGAUAGCAGCUGAUAAGCUACCGCCAAUUACACACACAUGAGGUUAGUUUCACGCAGAUAGUUCGCCAGGCCGGUGACUGGCAGCGGGUUUUCGCAGGUGUCAUCGCGCGACAUGAGUGUUUCAUGAUGAUGAGAAGAAAUGUCGUGAGCCUGAUAAAGUUCUUCCUCCUGGCGGUUUUCACCGUAUUUCUGACCGUUGUCGUGUUCCGUUACGUACGAACAUCACCUAACCAUGAAAUCGUAACACCGAUCGCCGUGUUGGUAGGCAUUGACGACAGUCAGAAGAAUCUCAUCGAUUCCAGGCAGAAUUUGAACGACCAUCUUUAUCAGGUAAAUGGUUUUAAUGCUGCCCUCAGCGAUGAGAUUUCAAUGAACCGCUCGGUACCUGACAUUAGACACCCUGGCUGUAAAAAGAAGAAAUAUUUGAAAAAUCUUGAUUCAGUUUCUGUGAUAGUCUCCUUCCAUAAUGAGCACUUCAGCACAUUAAUGCGUACUUGUUGGAGCGUUGUUAACCGUUCACCAGCAUCUCUUCUCAAGGAAAUUAUACUGGUCGAUGAUGCUAGCACCAAGGUAGAAUUGAAAAAGCCUUUAGAUGAUUAUAUAGCCAGACACUUGCCAAAAGUGAAAGUUGUAAGACUGGUGGAGCGUUCUGGUUUAAUUAAAGGUCGAUUAGCUGGUGCAAAGAUUGCAAAAGCAAAGGUACUUGUAUUCUUAGACUCUCAUAGUGAGGCAAAUGUCAAUUGGUUGCCACCUUUGUUAGAACCUAUUGCACAAAACUACAAAACUUGUGUGUGUCCUUUUAUUGAUGUGAUAGCUUAUGAAACGUUUGAGUACAGAGCUCAAGAUGAAGGUGCAAGAGGUGCUUUUGACUGGGAGUUAUACUACAAACGCUUGCCAUUGUUACCUGAAGAUCUGCAAAAUCCAACAGAGCCAUUUAAAAGUCCAAUAAUGGCAGGCGGACUAUUUGCCAUUAGUGCAAAGUUCUUUUGGGAACUAGGUGGAUAUGAUCCAGAAUUAGACAUAUGGGGAGGUGAACAGUAUGAACUGUCAUUCAAAAUUUGGCAAUGUGGUGGCCAAAUGUAUGAUGCUCCUUGUUCGAGAGUAGGUCACAUUUAUAGAAAGUUCCCACCUUUUCCCAAUCCAGGCAAAGGGGACUUUUUGGGAAAGAAUUAUAAGAGAGUAGCAGAAGUGUGGAUGGAUGAAUAUGCAGAAUACAUCUACAGAAGACGACCGCAUUUAAGAUCACUGGAUCCUGGAAAUUUGAAAGAGCAAAGAGAUUUGAGAGCUAGACUACAUUGUAAACCAUUCAAGUGGUUCAUGGAGAAUAUAGCGUUUGAUCUCGUCGACGUGUAUCCUCCCAUCGAGCCUGAUGACUUUGCAUCUGGAGAAAUUCGUAACAUAGGCGUGCCAGAAUUGUGUCUGGACUCGAAAAAACGAAGGAAAGACGAACUCGUUGCGAUCGAUGUCUGCAUAAAGGAUAAUCCGAAAAUUAUAGGAGAACAAGAAUUCAAAUUGACUUGGCACAAAGACAUUAGACCAAAGGAUCGUACAGAAUGUUUAGAUGUCUCUAAAGGAGGUACGAAAGCUCCAGUCACUUUGUACCCCUGCCACGGAGGUCAGGGGAACCAAUUAUGGCGUUACAAUGUUGAGAAACAAUGGCUGAUGCACGGUUACUCGUCGAGAUGUCUAGACAUGGAUCCAGCAAGCAAAAAAGUCUUCGUAACGAAUUGUGACUUAGCCUCUGCCACGCAGAAAUGGAGAAUAGAGAAAGUGAAUAUGAAAGCUAUCAAUAACUGGGAUAACGUGGGACCCAAACGACAUUAA